AUGAACAAGGAAAAGAGUUAUAGUCAUAUUAUUGCUGGUGGUGUAUCGGGAGUUGCUGCUUCACUUGUUACCCAACCUUUGGACGUAUUAAAAACGAACUUGAUUGGUGCUAGAGAAAAAUUGAAGGUCUCUGAUAUAAAUGCUAAGGGAAAACUUCAAGGAUCAAUUUCCUUCAUCAAAUCAAUUUACAAUAAGGAGGUAAGUCUAUUCCGAACAUUUUUCAAUAUUGAAAAUAUGAAGGGUAUAGUAGGAUUAUGGAGAGGAACAAUUCCUACAUUUUGGAGAUAUUUACCAGGAGGUGCAAUGUAUUUUGGAUCAAUUCACUUCCUUAGAAAUGGUCCACUGAAUAAGAAUAAUGGUUUUCCUCAAACUGUCAAUGAUUUCUUAAUUGGUGCCAUUUCUAAGAGUUCUGCCACCAUUGCUACAAUGCCAAUACUGGUUGUUAAAACAAGAUUUGAAAGUAUACAUGCUAUGGAAAGUACAAAAUCAAGAGGAUUAAUAAGUACAAUUACAGAAAUUCACAAACAACAAGGGAUGAGAGGAUUAUUUACUGGUGUAGUACCAACACUGAUUAGAGAUAUACCUUAUAGUGGACUUUUCUAUGUAUUCUAUAGACAAACCAAUGAUUUUUUAACAUGGUUCAAAUUGGGAUCUACUGAUUCUAAUCAAUUAAUUAGUAUUGCAGCUGUUAGUUCAGUCAUUGCUGGAGCAACUGCUACCUUAAUUACACAUCCAUUCGAUUUAGUUCGUACUAGAAUGCAAUUACCAAACCAAGGAGGAUAUAAUGGAUUUAUGGAUGCAUUAAUAACAAUUCCAAAAGAAGAAGGAUUGAGAACACUCUUCUUUAGAGGAAUAAUUCCAAAAAUUCUGAAAAGAGGUUUAGCCCACGCUAUUUCAUGGUCUCUGUAUGAAUCGACAGUCAAAGUUGCCACCCAAUAA